AAUCAUAUCUUUUAUAAUUAUAAUUAAAUUAAAGCAAAUAACUUCCAAAAAUAACCGCCAUCCAUCAAAGAAAAGCCUAAACCCCAUAAGAUCAUGCGCAGUAAUAAAAACCACCAUAACCACCAGUUUCUUGAACUUCUUGUUUACAACUGAAGCAUUUUUACAUUUCCAACUUUAAAGUGUUUUUAUCUAGGAUGAAUAACGAUUUAUCAAACUCGAAUUUAACGGAAGAAUCAGGCGAUGAUUUGGAUGAAACUUCUUCCGUUGGAAGCACUUCAACUACGGAUAACACCUCGAGAAGUGCCACCCCUACUAAUAGACUCAGAAGAGGUCGUCGUGGUAAAAGAAAAAUCAGCCAGAACAAAGUUUUGAAGCCAAUUUAUAAAUAUACUUGUAGUAUAAAAGAAGAUCAUGCUCAACCGUUAUUUGGCACACAAUUCAAUCAUAGUCUAAAAGAAGGCCAACCGUUGGUUUUUGCAGCUGUUGGAACAAAUCGAGUUUCUAUUUAUGAAUGUCCUGAAGGAAAUGGUAUUAAAUUGUUACAAUGUUAUGCUGAUCCAGAUUUGGAUGAAAAUUAUUAUACAUGCGCAUGGUCUCACGACGAAGAAACGGGAAAGCCACUUUUAGCUGUAGCUGGAUCAAGGGGGGUUAUUCGAAUAUUAAAUCCAGCUACAAUGACGUGUAUUCGUCACUACAUAGGGCACGGUCAUGCUAUAAACGAAUUAAAAUUUCAUCCGAGAGAUCCUAAUUUAUUAUUGUCAGUUUCAAAAGAUCACGCUCUUCGAUUAUGGAAUAUAAAAACCGAUGUGUGUAUAGCAAUUUUUGGUGGCGUUGAAGGCCAUAGAGAUGAAGUUUUAAGUGCAGAUUUUGAUUUAUUGGGUAAUAGAAUUAUGUCUUGUGGAAUGGAUCACUCUUUAAAGUUAUGGAAAUUAGAUAAAGAAUCGAUGAAUAAAGCGAUUAAAGAUUCGUACCAAUGGAUUGCUAGUAGAAGUUCAAGACCGUUCGAUUCAUUAAAAGAACAUUUUCCUGACUUUUCAACUCGAGAUAUCCACAGAAAUUACGUUGAUUGCGUCCGAUGGUUUGGUGAUUUUAUUUUUAGCAAAUCGUGCGAGAAUUGCAUAAUUUGUUGGAAACCGGGUCGAUUGGAAGAUGAAACUUUAAGACCUGGAGAUACAAGUUCGACGAUUAUCCAUCGCUUUGAAUAUAAAGAGUGCGAAAUUUGGUUCGUUCGGUUCUCGAUGGAUUUUUGGCAGAAAAUUUUAGCGCUUGGUAAUCAAAUUGGGAAAGUUUUUGUGUGGGAUUUGGAUGUAACCGAUCCGAGUCAAGCGAAAUGUUACACUUUACAACAUCCGAGAUGUACUAGCGCCGUUCGACAAACAAGUUUAAGUAGGGAUGGAAAUAUAUUGCUUUGUGUAUGCGAUGAUGGCACAGUUUGGAGAUGGGAUAAAAUAGCUUAAGAUUUCUUUUUAUUUUAUAGAAUUCGAUAUAAUCUCAAUAUAACCUAAAAAUGAAUUUUAA